AUGAGUCAACGCGAGAUCGGAACCACGGAAAAGUUGGUGUUCUAUGAGUUUGCCUGGCCACUCUUGGGCGCCGUUUUCGGGGUGAACCUGUACAGGAUCAUCCUGGAGCUUUUGGCCCACAUCCUGCUGAUCGUAGUAGCCGUGGUGGUGGCCAUAAAGGCCUCGGGAAUGGAUGACCAUCGCAGCGGCCAGCACGCCCUGUACGCCGUCUUGGGACUGUUUCUGUGCAUGGGUGAAUCUCUGCUGGUGUGCCACUCCUGGUGGCUGGGCGACUUCAUCUCCAGAAAGCGGCUCAAUCUGCUACACAUGGUGCUGGGAAUUGUGGGACUUUGGCUGGGAUCGGUGGGGAUUUUCCUGAAGAGCAUAUUCAAGAGCAAGACACGCGAGCCGCACUUUAGUUCCAAACAUGGUUUGUGUGGCCUCUUGGGCCUCCUGCUCUUCGGUGGGACCCUGGCCAGUGGGUUCGCCCUGAUGUACUUCACCCACCUGGCUCUGCACGUUCCCCACCGACUGAUGGGUCUGUGCGGCUUCCUGCUCCUCUCGUUCAGCCAGUGGUUCGCCCUUAAUUUGGGAUUCGCCCGUCGGGAGUGGAGUGGCCAAAGCAUUAAGUGGCUCAAGAUCGCCACCCUGGGCGCCACCAUUUCAGUGGUUGGCUACGAGCUCCUCUGCCUCUGUGGCGACAUUGUCCAUUUGCUGCCCAAUAUCUGGUUCAAAGCAAUGGGACUAAAGAUUGAUGGCCUUGAUAAUUAG